UGUCCCUAUUACUAUUAAAAAAAAAAAAACAAAUUUACUAGUUACACUUACACAUAUAUCCCAAAAUAUGAAAUAGGUUUAAGUAGGCGUUCGGCUCUACCCUAAUCUCACUCCUAACGUCUGCGGCGGACUCCAAGUUUCUGCAACAAUGACUUUCAAACGUAGGAACGGAGGUCGCAACAAACAUGGCCGUGGUCAUGUCAAAUUCAUCCGAUGCUCCAAUUGUGGAAAAUGCUGCCCUAAGGAUAAAGCAAUCAAGCGUUUUCUCGUCAGGAACAUUGUCGAACAGGCUGCAGUUAGAGAUGUUCAGGAAGCUUGUGUUUAUGAUCAAUACACUCUUCCUAAGCUGUAUGUGAAGAUGCAGUAUUGUGUUUCCUGUGCCAUUCACUCUCAUGUUGUGAGAGUCAGAUCUCGUACUGAUAGGAGGAAGCGUGAGCCUCCACAGCGUUUCAUUAGGCGCAGGGAUGAUGCACCUCGUCCUGGCCAGCCUGGUCAAGCUCCUCGUCCCGCUGGAGCUCCAGCUCCUGCAGCCCGUACCUAGAAGCAAAUCUCAAGAUUUUCUUUUGUUGGAUCCGUUCUAUAUCAUGAACCUAAUUUGAUUUGCUUUUUUCAGAUUCCAGUUUUGUGUAGAACAAUAACUAUCAUAUAAUUGUUUGCUUAAUUUCUUUGGUAAUAACUAAAUUUUGGAUCAUUUUAAUCUGAUGAUUUAUUUCAGUGGACCUUGAUAUA